CACCGAUGAACACGCUCCCUCACGUCGGUGUUCAUUUCACUCCGCACUAGCAUAUUUACACAUCUCGACUCUUAGAUGAGGGACUCUUGCCAGAGGAGGAUUUCUUUUCGCCCCUUGUUCUUUAAGACUUUCUACAGAGUCAGAAAGCUGGUGUAAAAGAAUCCAGACACGAGCCAGAAUGUGAGGAGGGAAAACUGAUCCAAAAAGAAAGCCUCGUGCGUUGUUUUGGGGUUUUGAAGAGUAUCCAGAGAACAGAGGAGUCUGGGACUUUAGGAUGGAGGUGGUGUUCUUCGCCUCAGAUUGGGCAGGAGAUCAAAAGGGGGACCUUUAGGACGGGAAAUGCAUGUGCCACUUCUCCAGACUCUAGUUGAAAAGCUAGCGAGAGCAACAUGAGUUGGAGCUUUCUCACCCGUCUCCUGGAAGAGAUCCACAACCACUCCACCUUUGUGGGCAAAGUGUGGCUCACUGUGCUCAUCAUCUUCCGCAUCGUGCUCACGGCCGUCGGAGGGGAGUCCAUCUACUCGGACGAGCAGACCAAGUUCACCUGCAACACCAAGCAGCCGGGUUGUGACAACGUGUGCUACGAUGCCUUUGCGCCGCUGUCGCACGUACGGUUCUGGGUCUUCCAGAUCAUCAUGAUCUCCACGCCCUCAAUCAUGUACAUGGGCUACGCAAUUCACAAGAUCGCCCGCUCGUCGGAGCAGGAGUGGCGGAGGAACCACAGGAGCCCCAAAAAGCCACCGACUCACUCGAGAUGGAGGGGAAGCCACCAUCUGGAGGACGUCUUGGAGGGGGAGGAUGACGACGCGGAGCCGAUGAUCUACGAAGAUGCGCUGGAGGGUCCGGAGAGCAAACCAGAGGUGGUAAGCGGCACUUGCAAAGAGCAGCCAAAGCAUGACGGUCGCAGAAGAAUCCUGCAAGAGGGGCUGAUGCGGAUCUAUGUUCUUCAGCUCUUGUCGCGAGCCAUCUUUGAGAUCGCUUUCCUUGCGGGACAGUACCUCCUGUAUGGCUUUCAAGUUAGUCCUUCCUUUGUGUGCAACAGGCUCCCCUGUCCACACCGAGUGGACUGUUUCAUCUCCAGGCCCACCGAGAAAACAAUCUUCCUUCUCAUCAUGUAUGUGGUAAGCUGCCUUUGCCUCAUCUUGAACGUGUGCGAGAUGCUUCACCUGGGAAUCGGCACUUUUCGAGACACCCUGCGCCUCAAGAGGAACCGGGGUCGGCGGAGCUUCGGCUACCCGUUCUCCCGUAACAUCCCGGCCUCCCCUCCCAGAUACAACCUGGUGAUGAAGACGGACAAGCCCGGCAGGAUGCCGAACAGCCUCAUCACCACCCACGACCAGAACAUGGCCAACGUGGCCCAGGAGCAGCAGUGCACCAGCCCGGACGAGAACAUCCCCUCCGACCUGGCCAGUCUCCACCGCCACUUGCGGGUGGCCCAGGAGCAGCUGGACAUGGCCUUUCAGACGUACCAAACGAAAAACCACCAGCAGACCUCUAGAACCAGCAGUCCUGUGUCCGGGACUACCACGGCGGAACAAAACCGAGUCAACACGGUCCAGGAGAAGCACGGUGCCAGGCCCAAGUCGGCCACGGAGAAGGCUGCCACCAUUGUAAAAAACGGAAAAACUUCAGUCUGGAUCUAGACAUAUUUUGUGUUAUUUAACAGUAAUAUCUUAAAGACUCUGCACUUGAAGAUUUGCGCUACUUUGAACAACAAUCAGACCAUUUAAAGGAUUACAGAAUAUAGUGGACUUCAGAGUUAAAAUAAAAUACACCAAGAAACUGUUGAGAAUUGUCUUUGUUACUGUCCAGUGUCAUUUUGUGCUUUCCCCGAAUAACAUACGCCUAGUUAGUUACGUCUCUAACUCGACUAAUUCAUCAAGACAGAAACCAAGAGUGUUCCGAGAUAUUUAUUGACUGCUGCCAAACUGGAUUUAUUGGCUGAUUUCUUGGGAGGCACGACUGCUGAUUGUUCUCAGAAAUAGGGGUGUUUCAUGUGGAAGGCUUUUGUUUCAAUAUGGAUGAGUGUUGCUGGAAGCAGAUUAAAUGUGACAUGUUUUGAUAAAGAAUCAUCACGUUCCUGAAUGCUCUCUUGCUAACAGAGCCACACGUUUUCAGUCAUUGCAUGUUUACUAUCCCCCCCAACUCAAUAUCACAUUUUAUAAGCAAGUCAAAUGGUUAUUUUACAUCAUACUGAUUUUCUGUUAUUGAAAGACGAUGCAUGCUUUACAUAGGCUACAAUAGAAAACACACCAUUAGCGAUUCCAAUACAGCUACUUAUGUGUAGGCAUGUUGAGUUUCGAAGAUGAGUGCUUUUAAGGUUUCAUCCUGCCUUCACUUUUAUCAUUCAUCAA